AUGACUCCCUCACAAGACAUCAUCGCCUGGCUGGUGCCGGCGCCAAACUGCCCGGCCGCAGAGAAAGCCGUCCACAUGCCUGAAAACGCCUCUCGUCUCGUCCUCUGCACUAAUACCGACUUCCUCUCCUCCCGCAUAAAGACCAGUCUUCUCGCCGGCGGCCCGCCACGGCAUGCUCUUGCCCUCACAUUCACCGGCCAGCCGCCCCGGCGCCACGGCCGCUUCGUCGUCGGCACCGACGCGCGCUGGUGCGACAUUGUCCUACCGAAACUGGAUGGCGUCGCCCCUCAGCACUGCUCCGUCGGAUUCGACGGCCUAUCUCGUCUUACGCUGGACGACUUCUCCGAGACGGGCACCCAAGUCUGGUACGACUGGGACUGCGCGGGCGACCAGCGCGAGUACUCCUGGGUCCUUACCAGCGGCUACACCGACGGGUUCCCCAACAAGGUGCAGUGCAUCACUGUCGAUAUUCAGGGGGUGCGCUUCCAAAUCAUUGCCAACGACCACUCGUCUGAAAGAGAGGCGUUUGCUGCCAAAGUCGAUGCUCUUUGUGCACAGUCGCAGCCUGCUGCGGCACAGCUCGAAGCUCUCUGGAGCGAGCCGCAGUGCACAUCACCACUCAGCACACUUACAUUUUCCGCUCUUCCUGCUCUGAGGCACAUUGUCGUCAAGAGUCUGGGGACCAAUCCUGACGACGAGGUAUACCUCUGGGAUAUGGAACGACCAUGGGAGCCCAUGAUCAAGGCGUCUGCGUAG